GGGAACGGGGCAGAGCUGGGAAAGCGGCGGGAUUCACGAUGCGGAGAAUGUUAAAGGGCCAGCCGGUGGAGUCAAGGAAGGGGGUGGGGGGCAAAGAGAGAGAGUCGGAGACCUGGGUUUGGGGAUCGAAUCCCAUCCUGUGUGACCUUGGGCAAGUCGCUUAACUCGUCUGGACCGCCUUGCACCUGUAGAAUAAAGGAGUUUCCAUAAGCGCUCCUUAAGCUUUCGAUCUUGUAAAAAAAAAAAAAAAAGUUACGGCGAUAGGGAAGCGUAAGGUGUCGGAGAGCAGGGAAAGGCCAAGAAAGAAGGAAGACUUGAGGUCGAGGAGAAAGUGGGAGGACGAGUGUGGAUCCAAAUAAGCUGACACACGCACACAUCACUUUGUUUGAUGCUGAGAAAUGGGCAUUCCCUGCCCAGGAGGAAAGGCUGGCGAGGCCGGCAGCUUCAUUCACACGAGGAAAAGGAGACUCCGAGAGAUAUUCCAGGGCAGUGGAUAGAGCAUCGGGCUUGGAAUUAGGAGGGACCCAUCUUACUGUGUUCAAGUCCAGUGUCAGAUACUUACUAGUUAUAUGACCCUGGGGUUGUCCAGAUGGAAAGGAUGUUGAUGAACUGGCUUCCUGCACAGUGAGAGUAUGGAGAGAAAAGACCCACCCAGAAGCAGCCCAAGAAGGCUGUUGGCUAAACUCAGCAAAGUAAUGGAGAAGAAACAAAUGGCUCAUCAUUUCAACAUGGCAGCUGCUGAGUCAGAUAAGGACUCUGGAUUUUCAGAUGGAAGCUCAGAAUGCUUAAGCUCUGCAGAACAAAUGGACGCAGAGGAUAUGCUGAACACUCUAAACUGGCAUGGAGAAGAUGGACCCCGACACAACUCCACAAUAGCAAGUAAUUCCUUUCCAGCUCUGUCUUCUAUGGUUGUCAUGAAGAAUGUGUUGGUCAAACAGGGAAGAAAUUCAUCCCAUCUCCAGUCUUGGACUGUCCAGCCCUCUUUUGAAGUGAUUUCAGCUCAGCCACAGCUAGUAUUCCUUCAUCCAUCUGUGCCGCCUCCUGUUAGUCCAUAUCCUGCUGGUGAGAAGAAAAAUGACUCCAGAAACUACUUGCCUAUUCUAAACUCUUUCACCAAAAUAGCUCCACAUCCAGGCAAGAGGGGCCUUGCCCUAAACCCAGAAGAAAGAGGAGAAACUGGUAUGCAGAAACGAGUUUGUACAGAGAGACACAGGACAAGUUUGUUUUCCGUUGGGUCAAUCAAGACUAAUAUUUUGUCAUCAAAUUCUUCUCCAGUGCCACCCAACACAAAACUUGCUCAGGAGUCAGUUCAGCAGAAUUUGUCACCCUUGGUGGCCAGUAGAAGUCUACAGACAGUUCCUGAUAGUCCAGCAGCAUCUAGCAGCCAUAUGGCUAAAGCUCCAAAUCUGGCCUUUGCUUCCCCUGCUAGCCCCCUUGGCUCAUCUGAUAGCACUUUGCACGGAUUAGAGAGUCCCAUGACACUUUCGGCAUUAUCCGCUCCUUAUGGUCCACCUGGAGCAGGAGACCAGCUCUGCCACCCUUCAGAACCUUUCCCUGAGCAACGGCAGAGCAAGCAUAGGCGCUUCAGGAACACCCUGGUCAUCUUGCAUAGAUCUGGCUUAUUGGAGAUCACUUUGAAAACCAAGGAAUUGAUUCGUCAGAACCAGGCAACACAGAUUGAACUGGAUCGACUAAAAGAACAAACCCAGCUCUUGCUGGAGGCCACAAGGGGCAAUGCUCCUCAGGCUUGGGCCGAAUUACAAGCAUCUUUAACAUCUGUGUCCAGUCCAACUGGAAGUCACUUUGAGGUGUUAUCUGCUCAUACAAACUUAGCAUAGGAGACAUGUUUUGCCAUCGUUUGAAGUGAAUCUAGUGAUUGACUGACAUUUGCUUCUGUCCCCUGAAGCUUCUAGAGAAGCUUUAUUUUUGUUUUAUAGUUUAACAGUAUGCCUAAAGAUUCACUUGUGAGAGCACCUAGCAUUCAUUGGCUCUUGUGGCUAACCUGUACAUGUCCAUAUUAUGUCAUACUUCAGCAGAAACCUCAGGUUGGAGCUGUCCCUGAACUCUAGUAGUAAAAAUCAAGUAGUAGAAAAAAGAGACACAUGCAGUGGGGAUAGAAAGGAUUAUUCUUCUGAGCUGUCCUAGCAAUUACCCCCUCAUCAUCCCACUCAUUAAGCAGGCUUACAGGCACACAGUGGGGGAGAAAUACACACACACACACAUACAUAUACACAGAGUGGGUCCUAUAGCAUCUAUAAGAUUGAAGAUUAGGAAACUUAGUUUAAUGGAUCUUUGCUGACUUGUCUUAAUCACAUAUAAAAACGAGUGGAUGUGUGUCUGCAUUAUUGCUGUAUUUCAUAGAUAGAAUGCCACUUGGUCCAAACCCUCAAUUCCUUUGGUACAUAAUAUGCAAAGCAGCCUAACCACUUAAGAUUUCAUUGUCUUGAACUGGAGAAUUGAGGUGAAACUGUAAUAGUAUUAAACUGACAUUAAUUAUAGAUUUUUACUUACAAAUCAGAUUGCUCUACAUCAAGAUCUCACACUUAAGCAAAAUAAUUUAAGAUUUCUGAAGUAUUUAGUGGGUUACAUAACAUCUAGAAUUCUCUAAUAAAAAGCUGGCAGUGGUUUUUGAUGAAUUGAUUAUUGGACUUGGUGGUCUGAAAAACUAAGAUGCUUUUGUUUGUAUCUGUCUAGUUCAAGGGGCUAUGUUUUUAUUCUCAUCAACUAUGAGAUAACUGGCUUUGUAUCAGAUCUAAAACUUCUCAUGUCAAUUUGAGGUGAUUCCCAAAGUAAAGUUUACCCUGUACUUUCCUCAUUCCCUUGAAGGUCUGAGGAGAAACAUUUUAGGCGGUAUACCUUGAAUUCUGUAAAAUUUUUCAAUUGUAAGCUUCUCUUCAGGCUUAUCACUUUCCCCUCAAAUCUUAAAACUUACAUUGCCUUCCAGUAUUAGAGAGGGUUGGGUUAUAUCAUAACAUCUUCCAUCAUCUUUUUGAGAUUACUGAAACUGCUCUAAAGACUUAGAUAGUUGAUCCUAGUUCAUAUAGAAAAGAAGAAUAUAAUCAGGUUUUUCAGACUUGGUAAAAACAAGUUUUUAUAUGAAAAAGUCUUAGACCCAGAAAACUUUUUAAUCCUUUGAUUUAAAUAUCUCAUUAUCUCGAGAUCUCAAUGUAUAGGAAAUAAUUUUCAUUAUGAAGACAACAGAAAAAUUCUCAAAGACUUCAACUUUUCAACUGUAAGGAAAUUCUUGAAAUUUAAGGAAGCUGAAGGUAAUCCUCUUUAUCUUAUAAGAAUAACUCUAACAUAAUAGAAAAUUUCAUCCUUGGGACACAGGAAAAGCACCUAUUACCACUCCCUUCCUUUGGGGUAUUCAGAAAUUAGGAUUUUGAAACAGUUGAUUUCAAAAGAAUUAUACAACAUAGAUAUUAAAAAUUCUUCUUAUACUUAUCUAUACUCACCUCUAAUCAGUGCAGAAUUUUUACCUACCUUGUAUUUUCUUGAGGAAGUUAAAUCAAGAGCAAAUUAUGGCACUGAACAGAGUUUCUUGUCCUUUGAAGAUCUUCUCUUGGCCCAACUUGCUUACUUCCUCUAAAUCUGUUUGUAUGGUACUAGAGCAGUGGUACACUGUGCACCCUGCUAAGAAAACUUCCUUUUGGCAGAUAAAUUUGGCAUUGAAGCUAUAGAGCCAGGUGCAUUCCGGAACAGCCUGGACACCACUUAUGAGCCUUACUGUUUGGCAAAACUAAAAACACUUACUGGGAACCAAAUUAAUUUCAUCAGAAAAAUCCUCAGUGGAGUUGUAAGCUUCUUGUACUCUUCCCCUAUUAAGGUUUGCAUUUUGCUUAGUGUCGUAGCAAAAGAAGAUGAAGUCUUCCAUUGAUCCUUACUACUAAAUGGAAAUAGGAAACAGAUGUGAUUCAGGAUGAUCUUUCUGUUCUAUAUCUCCCUGUCUUGAAAGUCGUAAGACAUUGUAUAGCAUAGGUUUUUCUCUAAUGAAACUGUAAGUAGCUAGAUCUGAGUAGAGAAUCUAAGCUUGGGUAGGUGGAGGGAGCUGCAUUGAAGCUAGCAAACUGGAACAGAAACCAGAUCUGCGGGUGAGAGAACGACUCUUGGGCUGAUCAGGAAGAUAUCUGCUUCAUUGGUUGGAUAAGGCUGUAAGUAGCAUUGGUCUUGCAAAUGCGUACAUGGGUCUAUUUAUGAAACAGCAAACUUUUUUUGUGAGUAAUAAGUCAAUCUUGGCUUAGACCUUAUCCAAAAGGUGCCCAAGAUGUAUUUUUGGCUCAUAGAAUUUUAGUUGUUACUAUGAACAAAGUGGAAAUGACUCUAGGAAAAAAAAUGGUGUGGGAUUAAAUUGGUUAUGGAAAUGGAAUCAAUGAAGUUUAUAAUCGAUAAUAUUUUUAUUGCUUUUUUUUCUUAACUGUAAAAUUGAUAGCUGACUCUCCCUUCCCCUCUCCUCCCAGUUUCAUGCUACCUAUAGCUAGGACAUAAUUGCUGUGCAUACAUUAAUAUGCAUAUCCAGCUAUGAAUGCUAUAAGGUAGAAAUUGAUUAACCAAUAUCUUUUGGGAGAAGGAUGCAAUUUUGCAGAAAUUGACUUGACUGUGAAAUUUGAAAGAGAAAUAAAAAUCACCUACUUGAA